UCCUUCUUCUUCCUCAAAGCUUCCUCCUUGCUCAGGCUCCUCCCUCUCCUCCUCAUCUGCCUACGCGUAUCCGGUGUGAAAAGAACCAUGGAGGAUGACUUGGCUGAUAGCUGAGUCUAUGAAGUUCCCCAGUCCGGACAGUCCCCAGUCAGUGUUAGACAGCAGCGGAGGCCACACGACUCAUUCUCUGUGUACUCCAGGAGGCCCCCAGUCACUCCUCAUCUUGUUUUCGUUACCAACUCGUCUGCACAGAGAGUAACGGAAACAAACUAUUUUAUAAACGAUACGUGAAUGAACUGUCGGAACGAAUUAUGUAUUAGUUGAAAACACGCAAAUGUUUAAGAAGGUGUUGGCUUGGUGCAGAUGAAGGAAGGUGCGCCAGCUAGCUAAUAGUUGAACUGACGGUCUUCCAUGGCACAGGAGCUGCUAAGAAUGUUGAGUCAAGGAGCCUCCUCUCUCCCACGUAUGAAUCGCUCACUUAAAAUAUUUCAGAAAAAGAGAUAUGUCGCCGUUUUAUUGCUUCUCACGAUAAUCUUACUAAUAUAUACAGACAAUACCACUGUGAAGUACAAGGAAGUGGUUUUUUCCCGAGGGGACAAUGGUGAGGCGAGGGGGAUCCAGACAGACGAUAUGCCUGGGCCUCUUAGGGAUGUUGCUGGAGCGUACGGGAGACAAGAGCCAAGCAGUCACCCCUCAUAUUCUGAAGUGCUCUCAGGGCCUAGAAACAUAAAAAAGCAGUAUAUUGGUAAUAAAUUGGGUGAUGGUCCAAGUGUAAAAGAAACAAAUGAGAACAGAGAAUCAAAUUUUGCCAUCAAUAUCUUGUCAAAGAACAAACAGCUAAAAGGGAGUGAGAACGAAUCGAAUGACAUUCAUAUGGGCAAUAACACGGAGAGGCUGAAAAACUUGUCACGGAUUAAUGAAAUAGAAAAUUUAGACCAUGAAGAAACACAUAUAGAAGAGAAAGAGGGUGAGGUGUAUCAGGUAAUGGAACCUUUGUCCGCUGUGCCCACCGCAACCAUUGUGCCGCACAAAAAGACCAUCAACAAAUCACUUUCUUUUGACAGAGCUCAAGGAUCUUCGCCACAGAAAACUGUCCUAUUUUAUGAUCGCUUUUUCUAUAAUCCCUGGCAACCUUUCGUAGAAAAAAUGACAAAACUUAAAGGAAAGAACUGCCCUGUAACCAACUGCGUCUUCAUCUACAACAGCUCACACCCAGAAGACGCCGACGCCGUCAUCUUCCACGCCGCUGACUUUAACCCCAAAAAUGUUCCAAAAAUCCGGAAGCCGCAACAGAGAUACAUCUGGCUGAACCUAGAAUCUCCCUCAGGGAAAAACUUGACCAACUCUCAGUCAAUGCAGAAUUUAAUCGACGAGAGAUGGUUCAGUAAAGAAGGCUUCUUCAACUGGUCUUAUACUUACCACAGAGACUCAGACCUUCUCUUACUUUAUGGCGGUCUGGAAUCCUUGAGAGGCGAGAGAGACCCUACCCGGCCCGGUCUCAUAGACAUUUCUGGACCCACGUACAAGGAUUAUAUAACGGCUCUUGACGGCGGAGACCAGCUGAUGGAUGAUCCCAACCAUGACUGGCCCUCCUUCUUCACCAGGCCCAAGAUGUUAAUCUGGAUGGUAUCUCACUGUAGUACCCACUCUGGUCGAGAGUUCUACGUGAAGAAACUUCAAGAAUACCUGCCCGUGGACGUGUACGGCCUGUGUGGUGACCUCCGCUGCGACAAGAACAACAAGGACCUUUGCUAUGCUGACGUUCUCAGACCCAAGUACAAGUUCUACCUCUCCUUCGAGAACAACAUGUGCGAUGAUUAUAUCACAGAGAAGGUGUGGCUGCCGAUGAACUACGGGCUUGUGCCAGUGGUGUUUGGGGGUGCCAACUACUCCCGUUUCCUGCCACCACACUCUUACCUGGAUGCCACUCAAAUGACCCCCGCUCAGUUGGCUACCUCCCUUAUCAGGAUAAACAGCUCCUCUCAAGAGUACGGUCGCUACCAUCUGUGGAGACGUUAUUGGCAAGUGUUACAACAUCUGCCCAUGUGUGAGCUGUGUCAGAAGCUACACGAAGACAAGACGAGCACAGCUAUACAGCACUUAGGCCCCUGGUGGAGAACGGUCAACAAGUGCUGGACCCAGUACCCUGAGCACAGUUACCCGCGCCGCCCAGAGCCCGACACCAGGACUUUCACCCAGAAGCUUACCGAAUCCGUUCAUCUGAUAGGCAGCCUCUUUAGUGGAGCGAUGAACAGCCUACAGUAAUGCCUGCGUACACCUCUACAGGCUGACGGCCACUUGCACAAUUAUACACAUAACCGUAUUAGACCACAUACGAGUAUGCAUUUUUAUUAAUAUCCACACACACACACACUACUACUACUACUACUAAUCGAGUAUGGCGAUCAUCCAGCUACGAUACAAU